AUGGACCCUCUCCUCGCCGCUGCGGACGCCGCCGCCGCAGCCUCAGACGCGACACGUACCCCACCUAGCUCCCCGCCAUGCGCCGAAACGCCUCCAGCGAGCCGUCUCUGGGGUAUCAGCGAUAUACACCUCUCUUUCAAGGGCAACCGCGAAGCUCUCGAGAAGCUCCUCCCGCACCCGCACGACGACCUGAUACUCUGCGGCGAUGUCGGCGAGUCCGCAGAGCAUUGCCGCAUAGCCUUCACCAAGGUCAAGGAAUGCUUUCGCCAGGUCUUUUGGGUGCCAGGGAACCACGAGCUAUAUACGCUGCCCUCGGAGAAAGACCACGGCGCGAGAGGCGAGGCGAAAUACAUGGAGUGCGUCGCCAUUGCGCGCGAGUAUGGCAUUAUCACACCUGAGGAUGGAUACACUUUGUGGGAGGGCGAGGGAGGCCCAUGUCUCAUUGCGCCCAUCUUCACCUUGUAUGAUUACUCCUUCCGACCCAGUAAUGUGAAGCUAGAAGAUGCUCUCGACUGGGCGAGGGAGGAAGACAUAGAAGCGACCGACGAGCACCUGCUGCAUCCGGAUCCCUACUCGUCGCGUAUCGAAUGGUGUAACGCUCUCCUCGACAAGACAGAGAAGAAGCUCGCGGCUGCCGUCGCAGCGCAUCCAGAUAUCCCACUGAUAAUAGCAGGCCACUGGCCGCUCCGCGAAGACCUGGUGAAACUCUUCAGAGUCCCACGCUUCUCACUGUGGUGCGGCACCAAGAAGACGGAAGACUGGCACAACAAAUACAACGCCAAAAUCGUCGUCUCUGGCCAUCUGCACAUCAGGAGAACAGACUGGAUAGACGAUACGCGCUUUGAAGAGGUCAGUCUGGGAUACCCAAGACAGUGGCAUGAUUGUCAGGAGCGAGGUCUGGACAUUAACGACAUGCUCCGCGAGCUAAUGCCAGGCCCCGACACACCACCAAAAGAUCAGCGAAAUACUGUCUGGAGACAGUUCGGAUGA